AGCCGAUUACCACCAUGUAUGUCGUGCCCCUCGUAUGGAGACCCUUCAACUCCGCCCCCGUGGUAUCGUGAGGAAGACUGCAUCGAGCACCAGCUUGGCUUCCAAAGAUGAGACUACUGACUCAGCUCGCUUUUCUAGGAAGUUUGGCAAGCACAUCCAGAAGCGGCAGCUGGAGAUUCCAGAAUAUGCCGCUAGUUUCGUCGACUACAAGGCGCUCAAGAAGGUGAAUUGGAGCCUGGUGGAUUGGUUGUGUAUGUGUGCUGAUGCGUCUGUAGCUCAUCAAGAAGCUCAGUAGUACGCCAGUGAUUCCUGCACUGGGCGAGAGCAGCCAUGGACACGAAGCACUAGAUCCGCAAACGUCUCUGCAGGCGAACAAGGCCACAUUCUUCUUCCGAGUGGUAUGCAUAUGCUGUACCUUCUGACCAGAGGC